AUGGAUCAGUCGCUCUACAGCGUGCUGCGCGUGAACCGGCUGGCGACCGACGCACAAAUCCGCGCGGCCUACCGGCUGCGGGCGCUGCAGACACAUCCUGACAAGGGCGGCAAUGAAGAGGAAUUCCUCAAGGUAGUGGAAGCCUUCGAAAUCCUCUCCGACCUUCCAAAGCGGAAGAAGUACGACGCCGAGUUGCAACGGACCGGCAGCCAAGAUGGGCGCCAGGAGAACCAAGCGGCGCAAGCUGCGGCGGCCGCAGAUGUCUUCGGGCUGCCCGACUUAGGGCAGACGGAGCCCAAUCAGCAGCCCUGCGAGGGUCACAGUGCGGAGGCCGAAGCUUUGCGAGCCAAGGCUUUGUGGCUGGAGUUGCUGGAAAAGUCCUCGAAUGAGCGUCAGGAGCAGCUGCGAACGCUGAGCUGCCGUACCGCAGAGGUGCUACUCCACUUUGCCAAAUCGCAGCUGCGGGGCGCCCCCGUGGUCGCCGCCAAUGAGCCACAGGGCUGUGGCAAUGCAUUGCUGGCAGCUGGCCCUGAGGUCCCUGAAGCCAAGCGUGCCAAGCUGGAGGGCGCUCGAGCGUGCUUCGAACGUGGUGCGCGUGCCCACGUGUGCCUGCGGAGGAUGAAGGUUUGCACUGGUGCAUCUGAGGAUGUGGCAGAGGCGAUCAACUGGCACAUCCUGCUGGUGCGUGUGAAGCAGAUCUUCGACGAGCACCUCAGCGCCGGCGACGCCUUCUGCGCCGCCGCGCGCGAGGCGCUGCGCGCGGCGCGCGCGGAGGCGCAGCCGCUGAGUGAUCCACGGCUGCGCUUCGUGACGGAAGUGGCGGUGGGAGAUGAAGUGCUGUUCACUCCUGUGAGCUGGGAUUUGGAAGUGGGGCUGCGGCACCAUGAGGAGCUGUCCGCGCUGCUGAAGCAGCAUGCAUCCCGCGAGCAGCUGGUGGAAGCGAUCGGCCGAAUGAUGGCCGCCAGCAAGGCCGCCGAAGCCGAGCAACGAGCGCUCAUCGAAGAGCUGGAGCGUCACAUCUUCACCUUCCGAAAGCUCCUCCGCUGGCGGGGCGGUUUGCGGCCUCCGGGCGUCAAUGCCAGCCUCAGCCAGGUGGUGGGGCCCAGCUUCUGGGGCGACAAAGGCGCCCCGCCCAGCACCGUAAGCGCGCUUUGCUAUGCCGAGCUUUGGCACCAGAAGGGUGGUGCUGGCCUAGAGCCGCUGUGCCGCGGGCCCCGCCGGAAGCGGCCAGACGAGGCUGCCAAGGACUUGGAAGCCCUCCAGGCGGCCCAAUCCAAGGGCGGCGAUGCAGCUGCCCGCGCCGAAUCCAAACGGCAGCAGCAGCGUCCACACGCCAUGCAUCAGCGAGAGGAAAAGGAGGUCGCCAAGGAGUCCUCCCUGUCCGCGCCUCGAGUACGGCGCCGGGACGCCGAGCCCUUCGUGGCCGCGCUGCCUUUGCCGCCGGUGGUGGAGUCGCCAGGGAGCUCGGAGAAGCGCCGGAAGCUAUGGUUCUUGCUGAACCGCGCGAAAGCGCAAGAGGUCUACCAACCUGACGGGUCCGAUGCAGAGGAGCGGAUCUUCGGUUCGAAGCAGGUGAGUCAAAGCUUGGAGCUGGCAGCAGAGCUGGGCUAUGAGAAGCAGCUCCAACCAGAUGCGUGGUCCACUGCCCUCAAAGAGAUCUUCCACUUGGCCCAGCAGGGUGAGCUGGACAAUGUGGCGCUCUUCUCCUCUGCCCAGAGCCUCUACCGCCUUCGGAACACGGAGUUCUCGGCGGCGUGCCACCGGGGAUCGUUCCGGCUCUUCGACUUGGUGGUGAAGGAGAUGCUUCGCCGCUCCGAGAGGUGCUCCAUGAAGCAUUUGGCGAGCGUCAGCAACUGGCUGGCACGCUCUGCCGAGAUGGUCGCCGCUGUGCCACCCCUUCGGCGGCAGGUGGAUGACUUGGUGAUGAAGGCUGCACAGGAGCUUCUGGUGCGCCAGCAUGCCGGAGCCGCAGUGAGCGGCCAGGAAGUGGGUGCUAUUUGUGAAGCAGUGAAGGUGCUGGGCUUGAGGAAUGAUCUCUUCCUCACCUACGUGAGGCCUUGCUGGAUGCCGCGUGGUGUCUCUUCCACUUCGAGCAGACAGACCCGCGUGCCUGGAGAGCCCUGGCAUAUCGCAUGGAGAACGAGCUGA